UUUUUAUUUAAAAAUAUAGCAGAGUAUGCAAUUCGUAGUAAUUUUCCUGAUCGCAUUUCUAGCAGGUGCAUCAGCCAAAGAUGAUUUGCUAAGUGAGAGCUCAGCAGCUUUGGAACAGCAGUGCGGUUCCUUUUGCUAUACCCUUCUAAGGACCUUAUCGCAGAGUGGAGACAAGGCUAAAAAGGCAGCAGAGGAAAGUGCGAUAACAAUCCGCAACCAAGACAAUCAGAUCAAGGAACUCGAAAUGAAGGUAGCCGAAUUGCAAGCUAAUCUGGAGCUCAUGAAAGAGAAGGAGAUCGAAUACGAGGCGAAGAUCAAGUCGAAUGACGAUUUAGUAGUAGACGUAGGUCUGAAACUUGAUAGUCUCAAAAACAAAGUAGCGCAGAUAGCAGACAUAAAAUCAAAUAGAACAGAGCCAAAAGUGUAAAGUGCAUUUCAAAAGAAUUUUAUAACUAAAAUUGUAACUAUUUAAUAA